CGGCUCACGCCUCGGGCCCGCGGCAGCAGAGUUGAUGGACGGGGCGACCGAGUGCCGGCUGAUCAGCGACGCCUGCGUGUCUAUGCGCGUGUGCUUCGACUCGCUGUGCUUCUCGUCGCCGCAGCAGCGGCUUGCCGACGACGAGGAGGAGCAGCAGCAGCAGCAGCAACAGCAACAGCAACAGCAACAGCAACAGCAACAGCAACAGCAACAGCAACAACAGCAGCAGCAGCGGCGGCACUCGUUUCAACAGCACCACCAGCAGCCUCCGCCUCCGCCUCCGCCUCCGCCGCCGCCGCCGCCGCCG